AUGGCUGACGACCACGCCUCAAAAGCGAUAUCUUGCUACGGUGCCAACAUAAACCACACACCGCACCUCGACCGCCUCGCGUCGGACGGAAUGCGCUUCAACCACUGCUAUGUGACCAACAGCAUCUGCACGCCUUCCCGCGCCGCCAUUCUUACAGGGACACACAACCAUGUUAACGGCGUGAUGACGCUGGACAGCAAGAUCAAUAACCGUAUCCCCAAUGUCGCGAAGCAGUUCCGCGCUGGCGGGUACCAAACAUCUAUGAUUGGGAAGUGGCAUCUUGGUGAAGGCGUAGACCAUCAGCCCACGGGCUUUGAUCAUUGGAGUGUGGUUCCGGGGCAGGGAGAGUAUUGGGAUCCGCAGUUUAUUGAGCCUGAUGGAGUAAAGAGAGAAGAAGGGUACGCAACAGAUAUCAUCACGGAUAAAAGCCUGGAGUUUAUGAAGAACCGUGAUAAGAACCGUCCCUUCUUCCUGAUGUGCCACCAUAAAGCGCCGCAUCGCAGCUGGGAAUACCAUCCCAAGUACCGAAAUCUCUAUACAGACCUCAUCCGAGUCCCGGAUACAUUCACCGACGACUACAAGCACCGCGCGAAAGCUGCAAAGGUAGCCAAGAUGCGUGUGGCCGAGGAUCUGACCUACGCCGAUCUAGGCCUCGUGCAGCCCGAGGGUCCCGCGUCAACAGUCGGAGUCAAAAUGCUCGAUACCUGGUCCUUCCACGACCGCAAGAUCCCGGCCCCUGGGCCCGAAGAUGUCACGAAACUCCGCCUGAUGGAUAAAGAAGACGGCACGAUCUACACCUUCACCACAACCCAGGACCUCGCGGAAUUCAAGUUCCAGCGCUAUAUGCAGCGGUACUUACGGACAAUCCAGAGCAUCGACGAUAACGUCGGCCGCAUGCUUGACUUCUUGGAUGAAGAAGACCUAAGCGAGAAUACUGUUGUCGUGUACACGUCCGACCAAGGCUUCUUCCUCGGCGAGCACGGCUGGUUCGACAAGCGCUUCAUGUACGAGGAGAGUUUUCAGAUGCCCCUGCUUAUCAAAUACCCCGCUGAAAUCGCCCCUGGGACUAUCUGCAACGAUAUCGUCUGCAACGUCGACUUUGCGGCGACAUUCCUGGAUCUCGCUAGCCUGCGGGUCCCGAGCUAUAUGCAGGGCGUUAGCUUUAAGUCUCUAUUGCGUGGACAUACACCCAGCGAUUGGCAGCAGGUAGCGUACCACCGGUACUGGAUGCAUCGGGACGUUAUUCAUGAAGCGUACGCGCACUAUGGGGUUAGGGAUCAGCGGUAUAAGCUGAUAUACUGGUACAACGAGGACUUUGGGCUCGAGGGGACGAGAGCUGGAGGUCAGGAACGGGAGUGGGAGCUUUUCGACUGCGAGAAUGACCCGCUAGAGCUGUUUAAUGUUUAUUCGGACCCGGCAUACAGCCAGGUUGUGAAGCGCAUGACGGUGUUGAUGGAGCAGAAGAUGGAGGAGAUUGGAGACGAGGCCGUACACACUCUUACACUUCAGAAAUAG